UUUUAUUUCAGAUUUUUUGCAGUGCUGUGAGCCGAGGGCGCUUUUUUACAGCUAUGAGGCGGCGCAGCGAGCGAAAAAAAUCUACAUCGCCCGCACCGUUGCCGGCACGACGUAGUCGACGCUCCCGCAAAGUGUCCGAAAAUGAAAGAAAUGAGGAAGAUAGCGUCGUAGUGCAAAAAGAUGCUGAAAAUCAGGAAACGCCACAGGCCGCCGCAUCGCGCGAAGAAAUCAAUGAGGCUCAAGAUCGCGAGCGUGCCUCCAGCGAGGAGCGUGCGGCAUCGCCAUCACCAGUGCGCAAGAGCCGCAGCAGCCGCACGACGCCUAAAAAGCGCGUGGAAAGUAAAAGCAGCGAUAAAAAGGUGGAAACCAUACCGGAGGAGGGAGAAAACGGCGCCGAUUCGGAUAAAUGCGAAUCGAGCAGAAACAACGUGGAUGUGGUCAAACCCGAUAAGAGCGAGAAGAGGACUCCUCCGGCUGCAGACAGCGUAGAUGAGUCUAAGAGCGAUGCUGCACCUGUAGCGGACCCGGAGCCGAAGGAGGAAUCAGAACUUGAGGUCGAGAAGCCGCAACCAGAGCCAGGUAAUGCCAAGAAGGACGUGAAGAACGAUGACAAAUCGGAUGAUAAAAAGCCAAUUGAAGACGAUGACGCUGACGACGACGGCAGGCAGAGCAUUCACAUUCAAGAGGUAAAAGUUCCUUCUCCUUCGAUUAGCCUAACAGCAAGUAAGGAGGAGGAACAUCUAAAAACAUCCAGUGAUGUAUUAGACAUUCAAACAGAGGACGUUGAAGAAAGGGAUGAUGAGGCCGCAGCCGAGGACACCCCAAAGUCGGAGCGCAGGGAGGAGAGAAAGAGGAAGCAUAAGGAGCAGCUACCGGAGCGGAACCCCAUCAAGACGAAGGACGAGCAAAAGGAGAAUCGCAAAAAGUCAGUAGAAAAGCAGCCAGAACCAGCUCAGGACGAGGCCAAUGAUCUUCCGAAAAAUAAGCACGAGACGUCAGUCACCGCGACACCACCCACUGCGCCAGCACCCACUGUUCUGCAGAGUCAGCGCUCAGUGCGCAAGCGCAAGUGGCUGACGAACAAAAAAUCAUCAGAUCGCGCACCGCCCGUGCUGGCCAUUUCGACGGAUUCGCUGAAGAACAUCAUAUCCGAUGUGGUGCCAGUGCCGCUCAGCGAUGUCCAGCUGGACUCGUCCUCGGAGGAGGAGGGUCUUGUCACUAGCGACCAUGAAUCGGACCGUUCUGUGUCUCCCGUGGCACCAGUACUGCGCAAGGAGCGUGAAUGCGACGAGAGUGGCACGGUCACUGUCGUCACUGCCACUGACAACAGUGUUGCCGAGUCGAGUGCGACAAAGGAAACCGCCGCCGCAGGCGCUGGGCGAACCACACCGGCGCUCGCCACAGACAUUGUGCAGGUGCAUGUCGGCGGGGGGUUGAGUAAAUCAACAGUUCCGUCUGCGAAACCCAAUAUAGUCCGCUCACCGAGUCCAGCCCGCAAUCGUUCCAGUCACGUGCUCUACAUAACCAAUUUGGUGCGUCCCUUCACUGUGCUCCAGCUGAAGGGGCUGCUGGCACGGACGGGCAAGAUAGUCGAAGAUGGUUUCUGGAUAGAUCGCAUCAAGUCCAAGUGCUUUGUUGCCUAUUCCAAUGAAGACGAGGCUAUUGAAACACGCCACGCCCUGCAUGGAGUACGCUGGCCAGUCUCGAAUCCAAAGUGCUUGAAUGUGGAUUUCGGCAGUCGUACAGACAUGGAUCGUGCGAUCCAAUUGACAAAGGACGAGCCGCCACGUUAUGGCCAGGAAAAUACCAGAGAUAAUCAGCAAUCAGGCAAUGCUUGGUCUCGUUUGGAGGCGACUGAUAAAAAGCCUGCCCGCCCGGUACGGGAAUGGGAUGUGGGCAAAAAGGAGCCUAAUGACCGCGAGAAAAUCAGCAACGACAGACGUCGAGGGAGCAAGGAGCGUGCAGUGGAUUCCCGAUCGCGCGAUGUUGAGCGACCUGGUCAGGAUCGCAAGCGCUCCAAGGAAGGAGAUGGUGUCAGAGGACGCGAACGUGAUCGCAAUGAACGCAAUAACGAUCGCAAUACACACGGACGUAGCCGCUCUGGAUCACCAAUGCCCAAGACAAAAAGAAAGGAGAACGAGCCACCAAUUAGGCUAUUGGAUGAUCUGUUUCGUAAAACUAAGAUCACACCCUGCAUCUACUGGCUGCCACUUACGCCGGAAGCGAUUGCAGAGAAGGAGGCAUUCCGCCAGAAACGCAUCGAGGAGCAUAAGCUACGCAUUAAGGAACGGGAGGAGCGCCAGAAGGAGCGUGACAAGGAUCGUGACCACCGUCAACGUGACACGCGUCGCAAUCGUUCAAACGAGCGACGCCAUUCGCGGAGCCGCGAGAGGGAGCGACGACGUUACUAGGUGGCGAAGGAGGCGGCUGCUUCUUGAGAUUGAACAAAUAAACAAUGAAAUAUAUCUCAAUAAUUAUCAUCAACAUGCACUCCACCACCAAACCAAGCAACCAUCACCCACAACAACAAAAGUGAAAAAUAGCAACUAAAAACAAACAAACUUCUAUGUGGUCUCACAUUACCCGCAAAAUGUUCAAUUUCUUCGAACGUUAUCGCACGUUCCAUUAAAUAUAUUGACGUUCUUAUUAAAUAUUCAACUUGAAGUUCAAAUCGACUUCAAAUUGAAUGUUUUUGCCUACGUUUUCACAAAACUUAA